GAAAUCUCCGCUUUGAGCAAUUCUUGCUGCCGUGCUUCAACUUCAGUUAGAUUGCGCCGAAAGGCAUGCUGGUCAUCGGAGACUCAGAUAGUCACAGUUUAUACACUUAUCGACUCUGACUCGUGCCCCUAAAUUGCAAUUUAACUGUCGCUGAAUGGCUUCGCAUAAUCUCACCUAGCAAACGAUCCGUCCAUUGCGAUUGUGCCAAACUCCUACAACCUUCUUGUCCAGUGUUCCGUUUCACGAAGCCGGUGCUCUCACGUCCUCUUCCCGUCUUUCUUUCAGUCCUCCGAUCGCUGCAAUUAAUUUACAAACCCAAUGGAGCCACCUUCCAAGCGAGCCCGGCUCUCGUUGUCCGAAGAGCCAGAGGAUGACGGGGACGAUAUCGACAUCCACGAAGCGCGGGCGCAGAACGAUCAACGAUUAAAGUCCAUCUUUGAGGGGAUCUUCGAAAAGUACGGCCGAGACUUCACGGACGUAGGAGACGAGAUCGAUCUGCAGACGGGGAAGAUCAUUGUGAACAAUGGCCACAUCCAAGAAAUGGAGGGAGACGGCAAAACCGGCGGCGAGACGCUAGACUGGGAAAUCGAGCGCGAACGCGAGCUGUCUGUCGCAUCGGACGGGAAAGCCGAUCUUCAUUCUGCCUUGCGCGAUACCGACAAUCAUUUGGCCGCGGGAAUGGAUGGUGCGGAUGAUAGUCCACGGCCUCAAGCUACCGCGCCGUCGAUCCAGGAACCGCACCCCGGCCCGGCUACACUUCACCAGCCGUCUUGGGAAGCCGGUUCCGCCCAACAUGGCUGGGGUGCAGAUAAUGAUGAUGAUGACGGGGCCAGUGUGGAUUCCCUGCUGGAUAAUACCUUGCGCAUCGAGAGCAUCCUGGAUGGAUCGGCAGAGCAACGCGGCCACGCAGAGACCACCGGCAAGCUCGUGACCGAAAAAGCAAAACCUGCGGCUGAUGCACCCGCCCAAUCCCAGGGCGGCAGGCGCAGUGAGGCGGUGGAGGAGGUAUGGCGUGUUCCUGAGAUCGAUGCGAGCUUCUCCACGCCGACUUGGAACAGGUCACGGCCGGCGCCCUCGGUGAAUCUCGCUCGCUCGCAGUCUCCACCGGAGGCCGGCUCCCUCUGGUCACUGCCCGCCAGGUCGUCGCGACGGGCCUCGCGAAAGGGCCAUGUAAGGAUCAUGAAAGGCAAACAACAGCGAAGGCAGCAGAAGGUCACGCAGUCGAGUCCGGUUGUCUGCGACUGGUCGUUCGCGGAGACCCCCGAUGGAGACGAAUCCGACGACCCGUUGCAGGAGGACUACGAGCCGUCACCGACUCCGAAGCGAAGCAUACAUGUUCGCGGGGCGGCCUCGACGAAGAAGGAGCAUUCGCCUCGUCAAAUGAGAUACCAAUGUUCGGAUUGCAAACAGGUUUACGUACGUGACGGCUACAUUACCCAUCUCAAGGAUAUUGCAUCCAGGCCCUUCGACGGCCAACAUGAUCAGGCUGAGGUAACACGCCGACUUGAUACGCUGGCCAGCGAACCCGCUCUGGAGUCGCAGUUUGAGACUACUUUAGCGACCACGCCUAGCAUACUUACGGGUUCAAUGAAGGCCUCAGCUCAGUCGCGUGUAAAGCGGACCGUGGAAGAUGACCCCACUCCUACCAAGAAACGCGCUCGAAACGUCAUCCAGCCGGAUGAAGCGAAGUUGAUUAUCACAAUGAGACAAGUACAGGGGAAGAAAUGGAAUGAGAUCCUUGACUGCCUGCCGCAUACGAAGCUGACUUCUCUAAUCCAAUGGAACCGCACUCACUGGAGUGAUCGCCGGGCUAAUCCACCAUUAUUAUCCAAGCCUUGGUCCGAAGCGGAGCGGGCCAUCCUAGAUAAAUUCAAAGAGCAACAAGGCCUUAGUUGGACCACGAUCCGCGAAGGACUACCUGGCCGACCACAUGCCGAGAUCGAAUUCGAGCUAUUGCAGCUCUGGGCUGACGAGGAUACAUUGUGACAUUGCCCAGCGACCAGAAUGAUUGGACGACAGGCUCGAUCGGUCGCGACGAAUCGAAUGGCAGAUGAACCACAACUGAGUCAGGACUUCGAUUCUGACAUGCAGUCUGUCAGCGGGUCCGAUCGGCCUCAGCACGUCAACUUUCAGAUCCCGAUUUCCGUGUGCUGACCCCUACUCGAACUGACGCAAGCGAACAAUCACGAUUCGCUAUCAUGGUGCUCCGGAUGAACCCGAGUAUAUCCUAGGCUGUCGGAUUAGGCGGCAACGGAUCGAACGAUACAUCACCUUGUCAGACACUAGCAGCAGCAAUACCAUUAGU